AUGUCGAACGCACGAUCAGAUCCAAUAAUUGAUGAUCUUAUGGAAACAGACAUUGAAGUACCUAAAGACACAAAUGUUGAAAUAAAUUUGAGACAACCUGUGAGAAAUGAGUCUAAGCGAUCUAAACAAUCUAAUACGUUAAAUUUAGAUCCUUCCAAUUCCAAUUCUAGUUGUGAUUUACAUAUGGAGACCUUAUCUCAAAAUUUAGCACACUCGUUCACGACAAUGUUAGGUACUUUGCAUGGAAUGUCUUUAGAAGAUGUCAAUAGAAUGAUGGAUUUGGAGAAAAACAUGAUGAUUGAAUUGCAAAAUGCAAUCAUGGCAGUAUCCAAGGUUUUUAAAAAUUCUAAUAGAGAAAUGUUAACGAAUCUUCAAGAGAAUGAUAUGUCUGUUAAUGAAGACAUAUUAUUGAAUAAUCCUUUGAUCACCUCAAAUGAUAAAGGAGUUCCAGUGAUUCCUCCAGGAGUUGAGAACGGUUCUAUGAGUACUUCAAUUGAUAAAGAAAUUCCAGUGAUUCCUCGGGGGGCUGAGAAAAAUUCCAUGAGUAUUUCAAUUGAUAAGGAAAUCUCAGUGAAACCCGGGGGAGCUGUGAAAAGUUCUAUAAAUUCAUCAAUUGAUGAAGAAGUCUCAUUGAAUCCUGGAGGUGUUGUGAAUACUUUAAUUAAUGAAAAUACUUCAGUAAAUCUUCAAGGGGAACAAACGAACUCCACAUUGAUGGAUCCUUUUAUUUAUAAUGACGAGCGAAUGAAUCUUUUGAAGGAGGAACAGAAAGGUUCCGUGGAUAUUUCAAAUAUCCAACAAGAUAAUAAAAGAUCCAUGACUAAGGAAGGAUCUGAAAACUCUACAAUAUCCUCUGAAUCCACCGCAACGUCGACAUCAAAAUCAAGUAGAAAUCAAAUUGGGGAAG